CGGCAGCCUCGAUCGCGCAAUCGCGGUCUUCCAGAAGAUGUGGCUCCACAACGAGAUCUCGUGGAGCUCCAUGAUCUCGGCGCUGGAUCAAAACGGGGAAUCCGCGAGGGCGGUGGCGAUGCUGCCGAUCAUCAGCCUCGAGGGCGCGCUGGCCAACGAGAUCACCUUCACGGCCAUCCUCACGGCGUGCUCGCAUCUCGGGAUGAUCGAGCCGGCCUUCCAGUGCUUCGUGUCGCUAGGGCAAGACUAUGGCGUGGAGCACAGAAUGGAGCACUACUCUUGCAUCGUGGACCUCCUUGGACGGUCGGGAUGGCUACCCGAGGCCGAGGAGCUCAUCCUAGCCAUGCCGUACGAGCCGGAUCCCAUGACCGUGGCCAGCCUGCUCGGCGCCUGCAAGCUCCAGGGAGACGCUCAAUGUGGCGGGAGGGCUGUACGGCGGCACCACAAACACAUGGCAACCUCUGGACCGUUGGUGCUGGCUAGUGAGCUGGCAAUUGACGUGUCUCCACGUAAUUGUACACGGUGUACAGCUUAGGGAAUUAGGGUUCUUAAAGUCAAAAGUCUCCUUGCGCGGGAGCUCUCUAGGGCGCCGAGGGAGGGUCAUCGCCAUCGAUCGAUCGGCAGAGCGGCAUUCUUGGCGGCAACGCGCUGAUCUUUCAGGUACAAUUGAUUCUUUCAGGCUCCUUUUUGUGUACAAACAGUUUGUGCUGGAGAAGGAAGUGAAAAUAGAGGGCCAGCAUUGAGAGAAAGAGAGAGGAGCGGCCAGUGAUAUCCGCGAGGAAAUCUGGAUGAGAAACUUAGAUCAAGGAGGCAACUUCUAUGCCGAGAAGACAGUGCGGGUGUUCUUGCAAAGG